ACUGCAAAUGGAAUUUAUGGAAUGUUUGGAAUGUUGACAUUAGGAUUAUGACAUAUCGGUCUGGCAUUUAUUUUUAUUUAUGAAAGUGAGGAAGUUCAUCAUAGUGUAGUUAAGUCCUAAUUCUCCAGAAUUUUAAGUUAGUCGACUCAUUAAUCCCAUGCUCUUCCACUUUUACUAAAAAGAAUCUCUCAUACAUGAUCAAAUUAUGCAGCAAUCAAAUCGUUACAGAUCCUACUCAAUUCAGGUUGGCCAAGGACAAGGUACAUUUCCACAAAGCUUGAGUGGAAGUGAAACGGAUGUGUCUACAUCAAACGAAAAUUUAUCAAAUGAGGAAAAGUAUGUCAUAAGACACACUCCCAGGCAGGAACCUCAGGGCCAAGAAAAUUUGCAAGCCAGCAAUAGAAGUUCUUUACGGGAUAGUCUGCCUUCUAACCGUAGUUCUUUGGAUGUCUCCUCUUCCUCAUAUAAUACAUUAAUUAUUCAUAGUGCUGGUGAUGAGCCUUGGACAGGUCGAAAUUCAGGACCUACAACUUCUUCACAUAGUUACCUUCAACAAGCAGCCUUGUAUGAUUCAAAAUCAUCUGGUGCUAAACGAAGUUCUGCUUCUCCAUCUCCUUCCAUUGCUAGUACAGGUGUUCAAGAAAUAACAGAAAUACCAGAUGACUACCUCAGCCAAUCAAGUGUUUUAAAACAUCUUGCCAAAGAAGUAAAGGCGCCAUCACCCAGUAACACAGUAACUCAAGAGUCAAUAAACGAUCUGAUUGGGAGGUUUGAUGGGGCCUCCAUAGAUAUAAACAAUCUUCCGCUUCCGAAUGAAUAUCCGACCAAAUGGGCGGAUAAAUCACCGUUACAAGCCGCUGUCAAUAAUACAAGUAAGAUAAAUAACGACAAAUUGACUUUGUCCAAGUCUCAACCAGACUUAACUUCAAUUGGUGUGGGAAAAUCUGACUUUGCUGGAUUUCGAAGAGGUGUUUCUGCACCAAGACCGCCCACAAAAGGCAGGGAAGAGAACGAAUCUAAAAGCGAGGAAGUGUGGCCUUCAUCCGAAAUGGUUGAAAUUCUAAUACACGAAAAUAGCGCCCUCAAACAUGAGCUGGAAAAUUAUUAUCAGCGCGUGGAAAAAACUCAUAAACUUGAACAAGAAAUCCUUAAAGUAUACAAGGCUCAUGAAGAACUUGUUCAAUCUUGCGAGAGAAGGGAGAGACUAGAGAGAGCUGCUAGGGCGAGACUACAAACGGACUGUCGCAGAUAUCAGGAUUUAAAUAGGGCCUUAAGAGAACAGGUCGACUUAUUAUCUACUCAAGUUCUUAGCAGGUCCCCUAUACCUGAUGCCAACGGCCCCGACAGUUUAAGGAGAGAAUUAAGCAAAAGAGAAAGCAUUAUUAAGCAAUUAAUUAUGCAAAAUAAAGAGUUAGCUGCAGCUAAGGACCGACAAGAAAUUGAGCUAGCAGCUCAGCGAGCUACCCUUCAAGAGCAAAGGACGCACAUUGAUAUAUUGGAUACUGCUUUGACGAAUGCUCAAGGCAAUGUUGUUAGACUUGAAGAAGAGAAUCGCAAGAAACAGGUCUACGUAGAACGAGUAGCACAACUGCAGAGAGCAUUAUACUCACUACAGCUGGCGAGCGAUCGACGAGAAGAAACCGAACGAAAAUUACGAUUACAACUUGAGACUGAAUUGCAAAGAGCAAAAGCUGUUCAAGGGGAACGUAAAGGCGGAUGGGAUUCACCAAUUGCAUCAGGCGGCGAGUCUGCCUCCGAACUGAAACGUCAGCUAAGAGAAAAGGACGAAAAUAUUAUGAGACUCGAGGGGGAAUGUGCCAAGUGGGAACAGCGAUAUUUGGAAGAAAACGCAUUGAGACAGGCUGCAAUAGAUGCUGCUAGUAUUCCAAAGGAUGCAAAAAUAGCGGCUUUAGAAAAAACCAGCCAGGAAACCGAGAGAAUUAUUGCCGAAGCCAGAAAUGAGAAAAUCAGACAUAUGGAUGAAGUCCAUGCGGCACAGAAAAAAGUCGCUGAUUUGGAAUCGAGGUUAAAAGAUUUUGAAUCCAAAUUGGCAGAAAAAGAUGCAAUGAUUAAAGUUCUACAAAAGCACACAUACGAUAAGGAUGUGUCGAUGUUGGGAAGGUCUCCACAUCAUACCCCCCACCCCAGUUUGGGAGGUACUGAUAUGGACCUAGGACUUGGCGCUACUGUUUCCCGAGAAGAACUUGUAUCGCGGUCGGCGGUGAGUAGCGUUUUAACAAACUCUACAGCUUACGGGUCAGGUAACUCAUAUACGAGUAGCGAGACCUCGUACCACAUGCCGUCCUACAGCCAAUUCGAUACGAACAAAAAUUUUGACGCGACUAAGCAACAGUUGGACAAUCAGCUGAAAGAAAUCGACAGUCAAUUGGACACGCAACUUCUGAGCAAGCGGGGCCUAUGCUGUUUUCCAGGAAUUCCUAAUCCGAUGUCUACACAAAGAAAGGGUAAGCUACCCAAACCGUUGCUGACAAGUGUGACCGCAUCCGGAGGAAGACAAUCACCCUACGACGGCAGUAGCUCUUCGACAUUUUUCGUUUCACCCAAUAACAGGCACGAAAGUAAUGAGAUGAUGUUGCUUGAAAAGCAAGGCCGAACUUCUCAGCAACAAAGAAUGCCCGAGCCAACUAGUAAUAACAAUGCGCAAGACGGAUCGAAUAUUUGUCCUUCGCCUAGUUCGUUACCUAGACCACCUCGUUCUUCUCAUAGGUCGGGAUUGCCGCGUAGAAUGGGCGAUUAUAAUCGUUUGGAGAGUAAUGAGUCGAUGCGCAAAAACUCAAAUGGAGGAGACUCCUUAUCUUCCAACGCUAGUUCCAGGCGAGCUUCACCUGCUCGCUCACUACUCCAACCGCCAAGGAAGUUGGGAGAGUAUGGAAGACUAAGUGAAAGUGGCGCAAGCUCAGCCAGCUUGAGAAAAUCUUCUACUCGUGUAAGAAGCGGAAGUGCAGGAGAAAGAGAUUCAGCUUCUACAUUAAGCGAUAAUUCGGCCAGUUCCUUACCAACUCCGUCUAAAAUACGAAUGUACGGGGGUUUAAGACGUGGGAAUUCUUUGGGGAGAGAGUCAAAGAGUUCUGCUGAUCCUAACAAGUUUAGGAUUCAGUUUUGAUGCUCUUAGGCUUAUUACAGGUGACUUGGACACUGAAAAUAUGUGAAACGUGUUAAUAAUUUUGUAGGUUUUAAAUGAAGUAAUAUCACAAAUUAUCCUAAGACGAAUACGAAUCGUAUCGAUAGAAGUUCCAACCCCAUAUCGAGGGUCAAAAAGCAGGACCUUGUAAGUAACAUUUUGGAAAUUUUUCAGGAGAACAAUAAAAUUUUUGUAAUAAACGACAAGUAAUGAUUUUUUUCAUUUAUUUAUUUAGCAGGAACAUAAUGACAUCAGUCUAGAAAAAAAUUAUAAUUUUCUUUUUUUUAUAAAAUGAACUACAUUUACGAGAUACUGUGUCUAAAUAAUACAGAUACGAGGAAUUGCAUUCUUAAAAAACUACGAAAAAAACACAAAUAAAUUUUGUGUAUUUAUUACAGAAAAUAAAAUAAGAGAAUAUUCAAUAUUUUCUGCAAAGGAGUAUUAAACAUUAUAAAAAUUUGUGUACUAAUACCCUAAACCUAUUUCCUAACAUAAUUAAAUAACUAUUAACAUUCUAAUAAUAUCAUCACAUUAUCAGGUACUUAAAAAAGUUUGUGAUCUGGUUGGUGAUCUUUUUCUAAAUUUAAAAACAUCUUUUUAGAAAAGUAUUUUUUAUGUAGCAGCCUAAUACAAAUAAGAUUAAAUUUAAAAAAUGAAAAAUAAAAGCUGACAAAACGUUUCUUACGUUUCUAUAUUUUUACUUGUAGGGCAACUGUUCAUAAAAACAACUCCAACAAUCUUUAGGAAUUGUAGCCUUAAUGCUCUGUAAAUUAUCAUACUUUUUUUUUGUAAUUGGAAGAGGCGAUUGGUAAAGAGGCGGAAAUAUUACAUUGUUAAAGUCAACAUUUUUUGGUCUUAGGGGAAGGGGGUGAAAGUCUUCGUCAGAAAAUUUUAACUUGAUUGAAAUUUGCCCAUUACAAUAUUGUAACGCUUUAAUAUUGGUCACAAUAGCCCUAUCAUUAUUCAUUCUUGAAGGCCGAAUCCAGGCAAACUUUAAAAAAUCUUUAUGGCCGUAGUUUUUGAAAAACUCGUAGCCCAUAUUCUUUACCAAAUAGGAAUUUUUAAUACGUGCUUGCUUAGUGAUUUUUAAAUAACCACUUGGUAAAUAGAUUUCUUUGUUUUUUAAGCAGGUUUCAAUAGCACUAUGGACAGAGUCACACUCCAUCUGAGUGUGACCCUUUUCCAAAAACUUUUGCGUAAUUAAAACAUCAUGCUUCUCUGAUAAAUAAAGAAGAAUAUUAGCGAGCACACUAUUCCUAUUUUGCGCCGUACAGCCAUCAGAAUAAAUAAUAAUAGGUCUUUUGGCCUCUUGGAUUAAAAGUUGCUCUUGUAAGUAGUAUACUAAAAAGGAAGCAUAAACAGAUGCUUGCCCAUCGGCAAUAGUUUCGUUAAACCAAUAACAAACGGCUUGGUUGUUGACUAAAUUAUAAAUCGUAAAGUUAUGGCAACACAAUUUCUGUUUAUAGUACAACGUGCUAGCUGGUAUUUGCGGAGAUAGAUUCACAGCUUGCACAUUCAUGGUAAUCAUGUGAAACUCACCAUUUAUCGCCUUCUCCUUAUCUAUUUCCUUUUCACGUCUUGCUGAAUUUUUUUCUCAAUGUGUUCCUCAUAUUCUUUCGCUUCUAUAUCUUCGUUCUUAUACUUAAAACAGACUCACAUUGGUCCUUUCUAGGUCGGAAUAUUGAGAUUUUCAUUUCGUCGGCAAGUUUAGUCAUUGUAAUAAUUGACAUUGGAUUUUGCCCCUUUUCUUGGCAUUGCCCCAUGUAGACACGGUAUAAAUCGGACCAUGACUGAAAAGACUGUUCCAAGUACAUUCUGUUGGACAGUAAUGUGAAGGAAGCUUGUUUAAAUUUUGAAGAAACUCGGUAAGAAAGUUUCUGUCAUUUAAAAAAAUAUCUUGUCGUUUUUCUCUCCUGCUUAUAUCGGUUUGGUUGCUACUAGCCAUGCCAUUUUCAGAAUUCAUCGCCCAGGAUCGUACGGACCAUUCUCCGAGAUUAAGGGUAUUCAAGUACAUUUUGAUUUUUUUUUACAAUUGAUUUGUUUCGACGGCCUCUUUUUAUCGCAUACUUACAGUAUUUCCAACAAAAACUUUUCGCUGCUCCCAAGUCAUAUCUUCCCAGAAUUUCUUGAAUAACUUUUCUCGAUCCUCGUUUGAAAUAAGAAAACAUUUUUUUGUAGCAUCCUUCACUUUUUCGUUGUUUAAACACUUACACCUUUCUUUUAUCUUCCUUUCCUGGCGAUUUUUGUUUUGAAACGUAUUUUUUUGAUUUUUGGCCUUUGUGAAUCCCAUGUAGCUUUUGCCUAUCAGCCUUAGUUUUUGUUAUUAAUAGCCCUUUUAUUGUAUCCUUUUCGCUUUCUAUUUUCAUGUUCACCUACAGGUUGUUCUUCUAAAUCGCUAUCCUCUUCUGAAAGUUGCCCUUGCGGUCCUUCAUUUGAAUUGUCUUCGACCAUACUUUCUUCAGAUGAGUCGGAGUCAUCGGGCUUCAUAGUGGCGUCGUAAUCAGGAUCAGAUAAUGUGUUUUCUUCGGGUACGUCAUCCGUAAAUGAAUUUGUAACGCUUUCACCCAAACUGGCUUCCAUAGAGUUUGUUUUAAGGAGGGGAUCUGAUAUCGUAGCUUCUUUGAUUUCCAUAUUUGCCGUUUGAUCGGGAGAGGUGCUGAGAAUUCCUGGCUCUGAAUAGCUUUCGAAUACGACUUCCGCAUUAUUGAUUAGUUCAGAAAUAUCCUCAGGGCUUAGAAUUUGGUCCAACUCAAGCUCGAGUAAAGACUCAUUGUUAAAAUCACUUAUAUUUGACAAGUUCAGGUCAUUUUCUUGUUCUAGGCAUUUAGUUACUGUAUUUAAUUUAUUUGAGUUUAGAUUUUUAGCCAUUGCCACCAUUUUUCUUGCUCGGCUAGACAUUAUAAUUGUAUUAGUAGUCUUAAACAGCAACUCGUAAGUGUUACCUGGAAAAAAAUGUGGUUUAGGCAAAGAAAAAUUAUAUUUAUUAUAAAAUAAAUUAAACACAAACUACUUUAAAACAACUAUUUUCAAAGUGAUAUAAAAUUUUAGCUAUUUUAAACAUCUUACCGGCCAAAAACACAAAGCACUUCCACGAACAACAACAGUAACGGUCGCUAACAAGGGUUAACUGACAAAUACGAGGUAAUGCUUUCAAAACUGACGCGAAUGUAAAUACGAGGUUAUGAUUUUUGCGAUUUGCCGUUAAAAUUAAAAACUGAUUAAUAUCUAACUUGGUCAACAGAUGCCACCAUCUAUUCUAUGCAUAAUGGUAUAUUAAAACUAAUUUAGCCAAAAAUGUUAGUUACGAGGUCCUGCGUUUUGACCCUCGAUCCUCCAUCAGGUCCACGCUAUAAUCACGUACCAGAAUAAGCCAUAUUUUAGCUAGUGAUCUCAUAUUAAGCAUAGAAAUUAUAAUUAUUACCUCUGCUAGUUUGCAUAGACCAGGGCUUUAUGCUCCGAUUUAUUUAUAUACUAUUUAAUUCGUUAUUUACACUGGAAGUAAAUAUCAAUUUCCUAAAUGUUCUACACUUAAAGCAAAUGCUUUUUGAGAUAUUUUAAACUUUAUGCAAAAACUGACAAAUGCAAUAUGUCAAAAGAUAAGCAGUUUCCUUAUAGGAAGGUUUUAAUGUUUAAAUUUAGUAGUUUGCCUAAUAAAAUAGAUUUGUUAGAUC